AUGGAGCACAUUGGCAACCUGGGCCACACGGAGCCCAUCAGCUUCGGCAUUGAGCAGAUCUUGAGCCACGCGGACCAGAGCUGCAUGCUUGGCGCGAGGACGCACGAUGUGGACUAUGGUCAUGCGGCCUACGGCGGUGGUGCAGUUAACGGCAGUGGCGGCUUCACCUGUGCCAAUGCAGUGUAUAAUGGGAGCGGUGGUGGCGGAGCGUGCGGGGCUUACAUGAACAUGGGGAUGAACGUGACAUCAAAUAACGUAAUAAGGGUCCCUGCGCACCGGCCUGUGAGCGGCGGGCCUCCACCUCCACACGUCCCGGGCCCCGGCCUCAGUGCACUUACGUUCCCCUGGAUGGAGAGUAAUCGACGUUAUACCAAGGAUCGCUUCACAGUGUCGCUCUCACCCGUGUCUGUGGCGCGUCGUGUAGGUCACCCGUACCAGAACAGGACACCCCCCAAAAAGAAGAAGCCGCGCACUUCGUUCUCGCGGCUGCAGAUCUGUGAGUUGGAGAAGCGUUUCCACCGACAGAAGUACCUGGCCUCGGCUGAGAGGGCCACGCUCGCCAAGGCCCUCAAGAUGACGGACGCGCAAGUCAAGACAUGGUUCCAGAAUCGGCGCACCAAGUGGAGGCGUCAGACCGCGGAGGAGCGCGAGGCAGAGCGUCAACAGGCCAACCGUCUUCUGAUGCAGCUCCAGCACGAGGCCUUCCAGAAGUCGGUGUGCGAGCGCGUGAGUCCGGACCCGCUGUGUCUACAGAACAGCUCUCUUUUUGCACUGCAUAACCUGCAGCCCUGGAGCGAGCACGCGGCCAAGCUCAGCAGCGUGUCUGCGUGCGACUGA